CGACGAUGGAAGCAGCCACCAAGAAGAACACCGUGUCCGAGUUCAGCUAUAUGCUGCAACGACAAGGUAGCGACGAUUCGGCUGAAGUGAACGCUUUCGAUGACAUCAACUCAUUGGUGAAGCGUGAGGCGAACCCGGCCAAAGCUACCGAGACGUUAUCAUCGCUACCGCAAGCUUCCUUCAACUACAUCAACUCCAUCGUCGGCAGUGGCGUCAUCGGUAUACCGUAUGCUUUGCACAGGGCCGGGUUCGGAUUAGGACUGUUUCUGCUAGUGAUUGUGGCAGUCAUCACGGACUAUUCGUUGAUUUUAAUGGUACGAUGCGGCCACCUGAGUGGAAGGUUCAGCUAUCCCGGUGUGAUGGAGGCCGCAUACGGCAAGGGUGGAUACUAUCUGCUAUCGUUGCUGCAAUUUAUGUACCCUUUUUUAGCGAUGAUAUCGUACAACGUCGUUGUGGGCGAUACGCUGUCGAAGGUGCUGGUACGCUUCGCACCGUCCUGGGGCAGUUCCAUGGGUAUGGUGCGGUUCGGCGUGGUGCUCGUCGUGACCAUUUUCGUCAUCAUACCGCUGUGUCUGUACAAGAACGUGUCCCGGCUGGCGAAGGCAAGCUUUCUCAGCCUUGCCUGUGUGGUGCUCAUCCUGAUGGCUGUCGUUUACAGGCUUCUAUCGGGUGAUUAUGGAGUCGUCCCCAACACACCAGAAUCUUGGCGAUUUGCACACAGUGAUCUGAUUCCGGCCGUUGGCAUAAUGGCUUUCGCAUUCAUGUGCCACCACAACACAUUUCUGGUGUACCAAUCGAUGCAGAACGCGACCAUGGAGCGAUGGGAAAAGGUGACACACAUUUCCGUCGGGUUCGCAUGGCUAGUGGCGGCACUGUUCGGUAUCGCUGGCUACUGCACCUUCCGUGCACUCUCACAAGGUGAUCUACUGGAAAACUAUUGCUGGGAUGACGAUUUGAUGAACUUUGCCCGUGUGCUGUUCUCCAUCUCGAUUCUGCUCACGUUUCCGAUCGAAUGCUUUGUGUCGCGAGAAAUCAUUCGCACCCAAAUCAAGCGUUUUUACUCGCAGGAGGUGAUUGAGUAUGAUACGGAUAAGGAUCCAAGUCACGUCACCGGCGAGGAGGAUGAUCGGAAAUCGAUGAUCACUACGCUGGUGAUUGUGUUUUCGGCGUUCAUCAUUUCACCCUACACGGAAUGUCUUGGGCCAGUUCUGGAACUGAACGGUCUUCUUGCCGCCAUACCACUAGCAUACGUUUUACCUGGACUGGCCUACAUUCAGCUAAGCCCCCACUCGUUAUUCAGCCAGGAAAAGCUUCCCGCCGCCGGUUUGGUGCUGUUCGGAACGAUCGUCACUAUUUCAGGUGCGGCAAUUCUGAUGCCAAAUUUAAUCGGGGACUGUCGGACGGGCAUCAUCAUGGGCUACUGCAAGGAUGAUGAGCUGGCACUGAACGGAACAUCGUUUAUAGCAUCCACCAUGGAUCCAAACUGUGCUACGGACAAGGUCUAA